CCAUCUAGUUUGUGGACUUCCUAAAAAAGGGAGGACCAGGUGGAUGGGAGUUGGAGCUCAGAGGGUGUCUACACAAUUCCAGCCUCCGCCGAUUUCCACACCCUCGACUAUGCCAUCGGGGCCCUCUUACAUGCCGCAGGAGGAUUGCACUCAGCAGGCGAUGCAGCUUGUUUCCUCUGUGAUGAGUAUGUUAGAUGGUCAGAUUCCCGAGGAGAUGUGGGAGGAUAUUCAAGAGGAGCUUAUGCGAGUGAUCCAGCCUACUGCUACUUUUGCGAUGGUUUCUAGGCAAAUAAUGAAAUCUUGUAGAAGGCGGGUUCCUACUCGGGUGCAAAGCCAGAUUAUGAACUUCUUGGCCACUCAAAAGGCAUUUACUGGUAGUGGAGAGAGUAGCAGACAGAUUGGAGAUGAUACUAUUGGGAGCACGAGUCGUAGGGAUGGAUCCGCAAGUGGCAACGCGGACGAUGACAUGGAUAGGGCGGAUGACCUAUCUUAGUGAGUUAUAUCCUAAACUCGUGUUUGUAUAUUGUGGACAUCUUUAUAGUUGAGAUUAUGAUACUCGUGUUUGUAUAUUGUGGACAUCUUUAUAGUUGAGAUUAUGAUACUCGUGUUUGUAUAUUGUGGAUUUAGAACUUAUGAUAUGUGUGUAUUGUUUGUUGUGAAAAUUAUUAUU